CGCUGUGGUUGGCUACGCAGUCAUGGGUAAAGAGUGAGUACAGCAGGAGGCUGAGCACGCUGCCUUGAGGUGCUCCCGUGCUGAUUGUUACUGAGGAUGAAGUAUUUCUGCCAAUUCGAACUGACUGUGGUCUGUGGAUGAGGAAGUCGAGGAUCCAAUUGCAGAGGGAUCCGCAGAGACCCAAUUCCGUGAGCUUGGUAACCAGCUUCAAGGGCAUGAUGGUAUUGAUCGCCGAGCUGUAGCCUAUAAACAGCAGCCUGAUGUAAAUGUUUUUAUUGUCCAAGUGGUCCAAUGCAGAGUGGAGAGCGCAUCCUCCGUUGACCUGUUGUGGCGGUAGGCGAACUGUAGUGGGUCGAGGUCCUUGUCCAAAACGUUUAUUGCAGAUCAGAGAAAAGAUGAGAAUCAAAUCUUCUGCAGAAAUUCAUGGGAAGAACAAAGACAGCAGGAGCAAAGACUCUUUUGCCUUGAUGGGUUUCACCACAGCGUUUCUUUUUCCUUGAUAUCUUUCCAAAAUGUUAAGUGUGUUAGUGCCAUUCAACGCGCCACCAUAUUGGUUCACCGGUGCACAUGUAGAUAUGCAGGGAUUUGGGUUCUUGGGAAAUGGCAAGUGGGUGUCUGUGAGAAUGGGCUGAUGGCAUAACUUCGCAAGGUGCUGGACCUGCUCCACUAAGUCUGGAACUUUGCAGAAGUUUCAGGAAGCUUCUGCACCUGUGACCCACUGGUUGCCACAAAGUCUGGGCUUUUGCAGGAGCUCCAGAACACUGACGCUUAAUGCAUGCUUGUGAUUGGUCCAGAAGGGUGGCCUGCACCAGGACGUUUCUUAUUGCUCUAAAAAUGUUUCUGUGUCUCCCCAUCACCACCUGUGAUUGGUUGCCUUCAAUGAUAUGCUUCUCUAUGUACUAAGCUGUUUCUACUUUGUGCUAUGUAUGAAGAUGUUUGCAGGCACUGUUAAAUGAUUGGGAGAAUCAUUGCAUUGGUGCAUGUAUCUUCUCUCCGGUAUCGGUGAUUGGGUUUGUAGGGGUUGCCCUCCCCCCUGUAUUGUCACCACACAGAGAAACUGUCUGAAAAUCACUGAAACAGGAGACCUUCGCUUGUUUCUUAAUAAUAAUAAUCUUAUUUAUAUAGCACAUUUUCAGUCAACUUGCAUUGACCCCAAAGUGCUUCACAUAAUUACAUUACAUUACACACAGGCAAAGGUGGGUGAAGUGUCUUGCCCCAAGGACACAACGACAGUAUGCACUCCAAGCGGGAUUCAAACCGGCUACCUUCCGGUCGCCAGCUGAACACUUAGCCCAUUGUGCCAUCUGUCGUCCCACAAUCGAACCAGAUAUCCAACAAGUAGUUUCUCAGCAUCAGGCUCAAGGAUCCCAUUAAAUGCAUAAAGGUAAUUUCAAUUAAUUUUAUUGUUUUCUGCUAGGUAGGUAACUUUUUUUUUCAAUUGAAAUAUUAGUGGGCGGUAAGGAAAUUUUACCCUCACGAAAGUUACAAAAGUGGGCGCUAAGUAUUAAAAGGUUGAAGAGCACUGAGCUACAGAAACACCCAAGUAGCUACAGUUACACUGAAGUAACUACAAUCACACUGAAGUACCUGUGGUCAUAUUGAGGUAGUUACAGUCACACUGUAGCUACUGAAACACUCAAGCAGUUACAGUCACACUGAAGUAUCUACAAUCAUACUGAAGCUAUUACUGCCCUACUUUUUUUCAUCCAUCACUUUGCUCAUAUUCACAGCUCCAUCAUAUUUACUGACAAUUGUAGGUUUGCUUUUCACUGUUUCAAUCACACAGCGACCCUUAGCUCAAUGCCCCUUAACCCUUGCGGUGUUUUCCCCUCGCCAGCUCUUCAGCAGCAAUUCCCAGCUGCUGCAAAUUAAAGACAGGCGAAGUGGUUGCAAGAUUGUGAAAUAAAAAAUUCCUUUGAGUUAGACGUUCUUAUCUGUUUAGAGCCCAGAUGGAUUAUUUCCUGCCACUUGUUUUUGUGUCACUCUGUCUAUUGUUGCAUUGUAGAAUUACCUCAGCUUCCUGGGAAACUCCAGGCAAUGAAGUCAGCUGCUGAUUCAUAACAUUUGCCAAAUAAAUACAGCAGCUGAAGUCCAAGGAUCAGCCAGAGACAGCAGCAGCAGCAGCAGCAGCAGCAGCACAAAGUUAAAGAACAACAUACAACACAGCACAAUGAACAGCAGAGUUAUGUUCUCCAUCCUUGCCCUCUUCAUGUUGUCUGCAACUUCCAUACAAGCAGCAUCGAUGGGAAGCUCGGGGAUGAACCUGCGUUGCCGGUGUAUCAAAACAUCCGCAAUGUUCAUCCACCCAAAGUUCAUGGAGGAUAUCGAUAUUAUUCCACCAGGCCCCCACUGCGAGACAGUAAACAUCAUUGCCACCCUUAAAAAUGGCAACAUGAUCUGUCUGGAACCUACAGCAAACUGGGUGCAGAGAGUGAUUAACAGGAUGAUCAAUGAGCGCAAGAAGAAGGAGAAAGCUCAAUGAGAAGUUUGAAUGUGAAGAUGUACAUGGGAAUCUCCAUUGGCUCAGCCUCUGUAGUUGAGCUCAUUGUGAACUUCUUCAGUCAAUGAAAUUGCAACUAAUUUAAAUUAUUAUGGUAUUAUAUCUGCUGCAUUGUUUUGUUACAAAGAUUUUUGUUGGAUUUUUUUAAUGUAUUUUGUUUAAUUGAGUUUUAAUUAACUUAUUUUGUGUGCAUUAAUGAUAUAAAUAAUUGACAGUGGUUUAAAGACUGAAUGUAAAAUAAUCAGAGGUCGGGAUCUGUGAUCAUUCUUUGAUGAAGUUGCGUGUGUUAUCCACCCCGAUUACUGCAAUCCUGUGGUUACUGAUCUUGCACUGUUAGUGCUUAUUCUGUUAAACAACCUGAAACAUGGAGGGAUUUGGCAUCAUUGGUAGAAAUCUCUUCAGCAUUUGUAAAACAAACCUUUUUACAUUAACUCUUAACUGCUUUCUCACCAGAGAAUGGGAGAGUGGACAAGGUUUCAGAACCUAAUGUGUAUAUUUAUUGUUUGAUUAUUUGUAUUAUGAUUCGUUUUCCUGUAAUUAUUUAAUAUUUAUAUAAUUGUUUUCUAUUUAUACAUUUUUAUCAGUAUUGAAAAAUGUUCUACAACGAAAAUGCUGAAUGAUUUAUAAGGAUAACAACUUGUAUAGUUUUUUUGAACUAAUUUAAAAUUGUAUGGCAUAUUGCUACAAACUAGACUUAUCUUCAUAUAGAUGGUUUACAUAAAUGUGCAACUGUUAGAAACAGUUCACAAAAAUGUUUAUUUGGGCUAUCUGGUCUCUGCCUGAACAUAAAUGUACUGUUCAAUUAGUUCCACACGACUACUUUUUCUACAUUUGUAAAAAAAGAUCGUUUUGUUGUUGCAUUUUCUGUUUAAAAUGUUAAUCCAGUUCAAAAGAGCAUUAAAGCAAAGUUUUAAAAUAUA